UUGUUUUUGUACAACAGUUCACUCUGGUGGCCGAGGUUGAGAAAGAGGGCAUGAGUUUGUGUGGCACAGAGUCCUUACCAACUAAGGUACUUUAACGUCGUUCACUUCUGGCAAGCACCCUUCACGAACUGAACAAAAACAAAUGAAAUAAUAAAUUCCCUUCUUAUUUCUUCAAGAAUAAAACACCCACAAGCCUACCACGGAGCAAAAACCUCUGGAGUCUCAUCAAAUCCCCUUAAAAAAAAAGUCAAGAUACUGUGCAACAUUCUUCCUCGCUCUUAUGCUGGUUUAUCAAUGCAUACUCUUUAUACACUAGCCAGUAUGAAACCAGAGAUCACCGCAGCGGUAGGAUUUCUGUCGAGAUUUCUGAGGACAAAGGGACUCGUAAAUGAGCGACAAUUGCAAACAUUCAGCCAGUCUCUCCAAGAUCUGCUGUCAGAACAGUACAAACAUCACUGGUUCCCAGACAGACCCUGCAAAGGAUCAGGCUACCGCUGUAUCCGUAUCAACCACAAAAUGGACCCAGUGGUAGGGCAGGCAGCCCAGAGAAUCGGCUUAAGUAUCCAGCAGCUCUACCAGCAGCUCCCCAGCGAGCUCACCCUCUGGGUGGAUCCCUUCGAAGUGUCCUACCGCAUCGGGGAGGAUGGCUCCAUUUGCGUACUGUACGAAUCACAGCCAGUAAUCAGCAGCCAGAUCCCAGUGUCCAGCAGCCUGCAAAUGGUGGAGAGUCACAUCAGCUGCAAGGAAGAACUGCGCUUGGGCAGAACCAUCCCUUCUAAAACAUACAACAUGAUGACUGUGUCCAGUUAGGCAUGGAAGUCCCAUGGGUAAUCUGUGGUCUGGGGGAUGGAAAACCUUGUAGGUUGUCAUUUUUUUGUUGUUGUUUUGUGGUUUCCUUUUGGGGAAGGAUUCUGGAAUCCAUGAUGUUGCAGCUGUGAAGAUCUAAGACAUAUCUUUCCAUUGGAGAAAUAACUGUGACAUUGACUAUUGCCACAAUUGGAAAUUGAUCUAGGCAGCCUAUAUGUGUAGACUUUGCACUUUUGUAUAUCUUUUCCAAGAAUAAGGAAUUACUUUCAGGAUAUUUCCUAGUCUUCAUUUGCUGAAGACAAUUUUUAAGAAAACGGGUUUAAACAUCCUGGAAGUAUUUCCUUGCAUCUCUGAAGUCCAGAACUUGGUCCCAGCAGUACCAAUCAUUCUUAAUUCUAUGUAAAGAAUCUCCCCAUUCAAUAUGUGAGUUUUUUGGACAUUUGACAGUUAUUAAUGUUUGGUACUGCUGGGACCAAUUUCAUUAAAUUUCAGGAUACUUACUAUCAAUCAGAAAUGUUUGUCUGUGUAUGAUAUAUAUAUAUAUAUAUAUAUAUAUAUAUAUAUAUAUAUAUAUAUAUAUAUAUAUAUAUAUAUAUAUAUAUAUAUAUAUAUGUAGCCUGUUGCCAUAUAAGCUUUACAUAUAUCUCUGGUAUUGGGAUCAAGCUCUACUACAGGGUUUGCUAAUAUACUGUUGCUUUUGGUCUUUACCAAGUUCAAUAUAUUUUACUGACCAUAAAACGGCAAGAAAGUACAUGGAGUUUUAGGGCUCACAAUGUCCAAGUCAAAUACUCCUGCUUUAGAGAAAAAUACAUGUUUUGAAACCUGGGCAAACCUCUUUAAUGCAGGAUUAGAAACAUUUGUUCCUGUGCUAAAUAUUUAUAUUUAAGAUGCAUUCCCACUGCCAACUGAUCCACUUCUGACCUUAUUUUGCUUUUUGCUGUGCUCUGUACUCCCUGCUUAUGGCUCUUUUGGAGAGAUCACCUGUUUGUUGUGGGUGGUGGGAGGGAGCUUACAAUUUUAAAAUCCUAGAGAUGUAAUGUCAUUAUAGCCGAACUUCGUUCACUUAGCAUAGUACUCGAGUGGUAUGUUAGUGUGAAAAUGCAGCUCUAAAUGGGAUGCACUGGCUGGGGGAUGGAGUAGAUGGUAAUACAAAUUGGCUGAUCUCUCUUAAAGUAAAUCAUCUUGGGUCUUUUGGCCUAGCACCAAUGUGGUGGCAGGGUGACAGAUUGCAGCACUUUAUCAUUUCAAUUUCAACACAAGUCACUGUUUUACAGAGGAUACAUUUGGGUCAGAAGACAUAUUCACAGGGAACGUGUGAGAAAACUGUUACCAUGAGAACGGUCAAAGUGAGUGGCAAGUGUGAGCCCUUUCAUUGUAGUAUCAGUGUAUGGUUUUGCUACUUAAUCCCACAAUGUCCUCUUAAUUUGACUAUGAAUUAUACCCAGCAGAAUGUGUACUGCAGCCUAUCGCUUUUCUUUUAAUAUGGAUGUGUACAGCCAGUGACCUGAUAAGGGCAGCUAAAACACACUGGCUGUGAAAUUAACACACCAUUUUUUGUUUGUUUGUGACAGACGAGCAGCAUGCACUGAACUUAUUUCUCUAUUUUUCUUGAAUCACUUAAAAGAUUGUUCCUGAACGUCUUGUCACAAUGUGAAAGUUAUAACUGUGGCAACAGGCUUUUUGAGUUUUGGGUACUUUCCUAAUUGUGGCUUUAGCCAUUAGCAGCUGGAGUGUACGUAUGUACCUGUGCUUGUCCUGUAUUUGUGUUAAUGCUCCUAAGACCAAGGAUGACAGCCGUUGCAAUGGGAAACGGGUCUCUUCCCUGGUGCGCUUUAUGCUUUCUAUGAAACCCAGUUCAUCUAAAGAUUUGAAAUGAGAAGGAAAAGACAGACGGGAUUAGUUUAAGUUGCAGUUUGAGGAUGAAAUUGGAAGACCUUUUACAAACGGUCAUAAUAUACCCUUAUCUAGCAUUAUCAUUAAUCUUUUUUUUUUAUUAUUAUUUUUUAUUCACUUUCAUUUUGGAUGAAAACUGCAGAGAUUUUUCAUGGAAAUAGGUAUGGGUUUUAACCCUUUUUAUCCAAACUGCCAAUAUUUUUUUGCUUUAUUUCAAAAUGUCCUAGGUUUAUUUCUUUAGAUUCUAAACCUUUUUUAUUGAAAGUUCCAUGCAGUUUUUCACCCAAAAUUUCAGGGAACAUUUGUCAUCCUUUAACACGUUGAUUAUUUGCACUUGAUCACAUUUUUAUUCCAGAUUUGGCCAAAAGUUUUUUAAAACCUUAAACCAUUUAAUAAUGUUCUGCUUUAAAAAACACCUUGCAAUUAUUUGCCAAAAUUAACCCCUUCAGUCAUUUGUUGCACAUUUGUCAAAUCUUAACUUACUUUUUGCAUGCAUUUUUGCCUUACGAAUGCAUAUAAAUGAAGAGAAAGUAUUUUAAUUUGCCUUGCAGAGGCCGGGCCUCUUGAAAUGUAUUUUAAGUGCACAAAGUUAGUCAUUUACAUCAACAGAUGGGUUAAUAAACUUGCAGCAUUGGGUGGUAUCAAAUGCCUAUUGCACAGCCACCCUAACCCCUCUACAUAAAGGUCCAUGGUCAUAGGAGUGUUAGCAAGGACCAAAGCAAGUUCUUUGGGUAGACUGAUUAAUUAUGUCCAUGCUCUGUUAUCAGGUAGUGUCCUCUUUUUAAUACUGGAAUACCCAAGAAAAACAGCGUGUCUCUCUAUUUUGUGAACUAAUGUUGGUCACCUUUUAUUUUUUCCUUGGGUAAGUUAUGAGCUGCUGUACAUCUGUACAGUUCAUGUAAAUUGAUUGUGAGGAAGUUGUACAGAUUUCUAUAUUUUGCAAGAGAAAAUGUCUUCUCUCUGUAAUAAAACCUUUCCUAUCUUGGCA